CGCUCAUCAACCCUGGCUCGUCUUACUCGUCCUCAGCCAUAAUACCCCCCGGCUAGGAUGCGUCUCUGGACGCCAGGACUUAGCGCCUGCUUGCUGUUGCUGCCUCGAGCUACAUGCUCUCAGAUUCCCUUGUAUGGUUAUUCAGAACCAAGUGCUUCGUCGUACACCCUCGUCGACGCACUGGAUCAGGACCCAGAUUACCAACUACUCCUUCGCUUGAUUCAGCGUGCACGACUUAUUCCAACAAUCAACAAGCUCAACGGAAGCACCCUAUGGGCGCCCACGAACGAAGCAAUAAAGAAACAUGCAUCAUUCAGCCCCCUCUGGCAGGCGGCCCUCGUAGAAGAUCAGGACUCACUGGACAACGUCAAUGAGCAGUUACGUCAAGAGCUUUUCUACCACCUACUUAACUACUCCCUGCCUUCACUGCCUACAACCGAAGACCCUCGCGUCGAGAAGACUCUUCACUACCCUCGGCAACCGACUGAGCAUCCUUCACCGGAGCCACCCCCCUCCCCUCCAUGGCUUCCCAUCCCAGGAGGUACCCUAGGCGGGGAACCUCAGCGCCUUAGAGUCGCAUCUCGCGAUUCGAAAGGGUGGGUGGGCGUUGAUGCCUUCGGCAACGGCGGCGCUCAAAUCGUCAAGGGCGAUCCUGUCAGCGUCGACAAUGGAAUAUUAGUAGGGAUCGGUGACGUUCUGCAAGUCCCUCCUGAUUUGGCCACAGUGGUGUCACAACACCCUUCUGUCGCAUACUUCCACAGAAUAUUGAAUGCGGAGCUGGAGUCCCUCCUCAACAACACGCAGGAGAUGACUUUGUUCUUGCCUGUGGAUGCUGCUUGGAACGCUUUGGAUCCAAUAGAACGUCUAUACCUUGAAAGCGACUACGCCACCGAUGAUUUGUAUCGGAUCCUUCACAUGCACGCCGUUCACAAGGGCGUGGUAUGGUCCGAGUCAUUCAACCCUGGUGUCAACUUAACGACCAUGUCGGGCAACGAGCUUGAAGUUGUCUGGUCUCCUGAAAAGGUUCUCGUUUCAGGAGCGGACUUGGUUGAACCUGACAUAUACGCGGCGAACGGUGUCGUCCACACCGUCUCGUCUCUUUUGGUGCCCCCUGGAGCUUUGGAACUCACCCCCGAGAAAUAUCUUCUUGCAUUGAAUUGCACUUCCUUCGUUUCCCUCCUCCACUCUGUCAACCUGACCUCGCUCAUCAAUGAUACGACUGCGGAGUAUACUAUUCUUGCCCCCAAAGACGAUAUCAUAUCGGUUUUCGGGGACGAUGAGCUGCCUAACCCUGGCACCGAGGAGCUGAAGAGACUACUACAGUACCAUUUCAUCCCAAAAAAGUGGAAGCAGGGGAAAUUACAGGAUGGGAUGCUCCUUGAGACAGCAUUGAAGGAGCGGGGUCUCGAUGGAGGCCGCCAAGUUUUAGCGAUAGAGGUCAAUGACGCGGACAAGAAGGGGAAGGUUGAGAGCAGUGUGCGAUUCGGCGGCGCCGGCGUAAUUGGGGAUCCAGUGGAAGUAAAGAACGCCCUAUUUUACUUUGUUUCAAGGCCGUUGACUCCGCCGGUCGAUGCGCUGCAGACCGCGUUGCCUUCUCUUGACCUUUCGACAUUUCUUGCUGCUGUCUUCUCAACGAAUAUGGCAGAGCUGCUGAAGACCGUGCGUCGCACUAGUUUCAUGAUCCCGCAUAACGAUGCGUUCAAAAGAGUAGGCGGCCUGGUCAGCGCCUACCUCUUAACCGAAUCCUCCAAAACGGACUUGAAGCGUGUCAUCACCCACCACAUCAUAGCAGGAGUGGAAUACGCAGACAGCCUAGUGAACGGGUCUACCCACACGUACCCUACUCUCGAGGGUUCCGAUGUUCGCGUGGAACGCAUCAAGGACGGCACCGUUUAUUUGUCUCCAAGCGGUGGCUGGAGCAAUAUGAAGUCCGAACUUGCGCCCAGGAACAUGCUUACCCAGACGGGCGUGGUGCACGAAGUCUCGGACCUCUUCAUCCCUCGUUCCGUCCAGUUAACGGUGGGCAAGUUGGUGAAGGCCGCCCAAGGAACGAUCAUGGCGACUAUGUUGAGCAAAGUAGGGAUGGAGUGGAUAUUGAAUGGAACCUCACCCCCCGCGGACUCGCCUUGGGCUGACGAGCAGUUCAAAGGCGUGGCGUGGACCUUGUUGUGUCCAACAGACAGCUCGUUCAAAGGCAUCAACCUCACGCGCCUAUAUGCUGACUUGGAUCAGCUGCGAGAUAUUGUUGGCCAGCAUAUCAUUCCGACGUACUCCACUACUCCAGCUGAAGGCUCUGACGAGACUGUCUUCAGCGCGCUCAACAACAACCAACCCUUAUUGAUCUCGGACGCAGUCACGUACUCCACGCUGCUCACCAAAUUCUCCUCAUAUGGAGAUGUAGUGUUUAGGGAUCAAGAAGGCACCUACAUCAUCGGCAUCAAGGGUGCACGCGGCACUCCUGCUGUUGAGGAUUGGGCGAACGUUCUCUCGUGGGGCCGAACGACGACGCCAUCCACCAAGUCCGGAGGGGUAAUCCAGAUAGACAGGUUACUCAUUCCUUACCGUCCGACAUGGUAUCGGCAGUAUCUGGCUCCCAUCCUGGUUGGCGCCAUUGGCGUUAUAGUCAUUGUGAUGUUCUUCGCAGGAGUCAGAUAUGUUUGGCGGAAGGAUUUGAGGGAGGCCACGUACGAGCCAGUGGGAGGGUUCGAUGCGCGAGAACCCGAAGAAGAUGGGGAUAGAUCGAACUGACCGAUGGAUAAUAUGUGUAUGUAACAUAGACGGCGUUCUUUGUCUGUAUUCGGUUCAUUCAUUCGACGAUCGUAAUGCUAUGUCCACGCUCACAGCUAAUCUUAAUAACCUCCCUAUGUAGUUUAAAGCAUAGCGAUGACUUCUCGUGGCUAUUGUACUCCGGUUACAGUGAAUUACUCAUUCCCCGUCUGUACCGAUGAGCCAACUCAUGCCCUUCUGUAAAGCACGAGAUGCUUGUGUAGUCACAUCGCUGCUGUCUGGCCUCGUGCGCCGAGCUGAGUCCGUGCUUCCGUCUCGUCCGCUGCGUUUUGAAUCGGCCGAGUGGUCUCUCCUACCAACAGAGAAAGGGAAGUGGGAUGCCACACCGGCGACGCGGCUGAAAGUCUUGCUUGCUAUGGCUGCGGCGUCCGGGGCGCCUAUCAGUGGUGAUGGAGGAAGGCUAGGCAUAUGUAAUUCGCUGAGGCGCGAAGCGAUGAUGGAGGCGGCGCUAAUAGGCGUGCUUGUUCUCUGGUUUCUCUCAAUGGAGGACGGCCGGGCCUUCUCAGCUCUGCUAGCAAUGUAAUUAUGCCGUUCUUCGAUUUGUUGUUCCUCUUGACGACGCCACGCGUUAAGGAUGUCAGGGAGCCUAUCCGCAGGGCACAACUCGAGUGCAUGCCCCAAUAGCAACAUCUUCUUCUCGAUGUCACUGAACUCGGGUUGACGUCCAAGCUGGAAACAAGCCACCCAGCAGACCUCACUCGCCUCUUCAACAGUAGAAUCAGAAACUCCCACAGGGGUGGAAGCUCUGAGCUCAAGCAAAGUCUGAACCAUGCGUUCACUGGUUUCGUACGCGCGGCUGAAGUCUUCCGCUUGCAGCGCGGUGUCCGCAAUCAUUGCCAGAGCCUUUACUUCCGCGGCCGGGUCGUCCCGAAAACCAAGCUUGUGAACGAGGUCGAGAAUAACUUGAGUAUGCUUGUAAGCAUCGUUGUUACUGGACAAAACGCGAGAGACCAACGACAGUCGGUCUUUCGUCAGCCGUAUCUCGAUGGGCGUGAUAGGAAUACCGGGGCGUGACAUCACAUUGAACGAGGAGAUGCGGGAGGUCGCCUCGAUGAACUCCUUCUCCGAUGCGAGGCGCUCAGAUGGUGAAGGAAGAUCCAGACAAUCGUACGCCAGUUUCAUUUCCCCGAAUUUGUAAUUGCCGGACGUAGCGUUGUCGUAGAACUCAUGAGAACAAGAUAAACAUAUGUCUUCAAUGGUUGUGGGAUCGAGAUUGAGCUUUGCCCUAGAGGAUUGCAAAACAGCUCGAGCAACCUCGAAGUCUCCUGAGCUGAUGAGACCACUGAAGAAAAUUCGGAUCACUUCUUCUCUGCUUAAGAGGUUGAAAGCACCUCUGACUUCCCCUUCUGCCUGAUUGUUAAGCUUCAGCAUAUCGUCCAGUAGGUCCGCCCAUUGGUCCUGUGUAUCGACGCGCUCCCCGAAAGCUCCGGCGCGUCGUGCCAUCCGAUUUGCCCAUUUCCUCUGCUCGGCCACAUCACUUCUGCUCUGCAGGAACCAGCGAAGGGGCGCGGGAACAUUCCAGCGGGCGAACGUCUCUCCAGACUCCAAGUGCACGUCAAGGAUAUCGAGGAGACGGGACAGGGAUGUCAAAGGGAGGGGUUUGAAGAAUAUCAGCAGAUCAGAGGCGGUGCAUUGCGGGCGAGUAGUGGAGGGCAUAACAAAUGAGCCGAGUGCUGUGAUCGUCGCUUCUGCCUCGUCUUCCUCAUCCCCAUCCGUCGCUUGGAUGUCCCAGGCCGGUAAGCACUCAAAAAUCUUUGACAUCGUCGACCACUCAUCCAAGCUAUUACUCCCAUACAAGCAUGCUAGGGCCAGACGCGUGAGGUCCUCGUCAUCGCGAAUUAGGCGUUGCGCUGCUGGCAGGGUGGGUUUCGAAGCCUCGAAGACGGACGCCACCAGGCUGAGUGGAGCAGUGAGUAAAUAUUCAGCGAGCAUCCGUUGCGGAAGCGUAGGGUCCGGCUGUCCACAUCGUUCGGCCCUCGCUUCCAGCACGAACAGGUAGGGCAUGACAAGUGUGCGGAUGUCUCGGGGAAGUGAGGAUGGAGUCGACCGAGCCAGGUAUGCGUAAAUAAUAUCUGGAGGUUCCAUGUUCCGCCAAUGCAUCAGCGUCCAGUCGGAGAUGUCGGUAGGAAUCUCAAGGGAGCGUGGUGCAUCGUAGAACAGACGGGACAUGAGAGAUAGUUCCUCGCCCACUUUUUCGAGACCUGGUACGCCCUGUGAUGCCCCGUAUUGGACCAGGCUCAGAGCAAUGUCGAUCAUGCCUGUAGCUGCUACGAUAGCAUCCACUCGACGCUCAUACCAUUGAUGGAGCUCAUGGGCGGACAGCGGUUCAGAUGCAAUUUGAUUGCUGUGGGAAGAGGCGGAGGGGAUAAGGUAAUGCUGGGGUACAUGAAUCCGGUGAUCGAGGAGAGCGGCUUUGACAACGUCCAGUUCUGACCAGUCAACAUCCUUCACAGCACUGGACAUGACCCGCUCUUCCGUAUUCGCCGACGCGUCAAAAGAGGGAAGGAUGUCGUGAUAGUCUGAUGGCUGCGCAUAUUCGGGUAUAACUUCCAAUAUAAGGAGUCGAUAGGGCCACAAUUGGGGGCGGAAACGUUCCACGAGGUGCCUGACGGCGCCAAAAUAGCAUUGGCUUGCAAGAAAGUGGACUAUCUCGUCCAGGCCCUGAACCAGGAACUGGGAGAGCGGG